GAGUCAUGUAUAAUGGAACGAGUAAUAAUUUUGUUGUUCUAUUUGUGGCAACAGUGAGUCAGUUAUUCUUAGCUUCAUGUAAUUUUAUUUUUUGUGUCAUUAGAUCUUUAUAUAAUUUUUUAUGUUAAUACGAACAUUUGAAUUACUAAAUCAACCUUUUACAAAUUAAACUAUUGAUGUGAAAAUAAAUUAUGUUUUCGAUCAUCGAGUCAUGAGCAGCAUAUUCUUUUCCUUUUUACCUCCAUUUCUGAGCUUCUCUGUUGUUCAUGCUUUUUCUCAUCAAACGCAGAGUGAAAGGGAAGUAAACACAAAGCAAAACCGCUGCGUAAUCGCAAACGCGGUGAAAUCAGAAUCCGAUAUUCCAGAAGAAUUUAUCUCCAAUAAAGAACAAGAAAAAGAGGGCAAAGAAGGCAAAAAAUAGAAGGAAAAAAAUGGAAAAAGUGAUGAAUAUAUUGAAGCCGAAGCCCAAUCCGCAGCAAUUGCUCAGAGAUUGGCAGCGUCGCCUCCGCCAAGAGUGCCGCAAUAUGGAACGCCAAAUCCGAGACAUACAGAGGGAAGAGAAGAAUGUGCAGAAAGCGAUCAAAGAGGCAGCUAAACGGAAUGACAUGGGUUCAGCUAAGGAGCUUGCAAAAGAACUUGUGAGAUCUAGGAAAACCGUGAACCGUCUUUAUGAAAACAAAGCUCAGUUGAAUUCGAUAUCAAUGCAUCUCGGAGAAAGUGUUGCUGUCGCUCGAACUGUGGGACAUUUGUCCAAAAGUGCUGAAGUGAUGAAGCUUGUCAAUAAUCUGAUGAAGGCUCCACAAAUGGCUGUGACGAUGCAAGAAUUCAGUAAAGAAAUGACUAAGGCUGGUGUGAUCGAAGAGAUGGUCAACGAGGCCGUGGAUUACGCACUAGAUUCCGAGGACAUAGAAGAGGAGACUGAGGAAGAAAUCGAGAAGGUUCUAACAGCCAUUGCCGGAGAGACUGCUGCACAACUUCCUGAAGCCGUUAGAAAGCAGAAACUAAAGCAGCCUGCCACGAGCGAGGAAGUAGAGGAGAAAAUCGAUGACGAGGAAGAGAUGGAAGAAAUACGAGCUCGCCUCGCCAGAGUUCGUUCCUAAUUCCUAACCUCGCUCGUUUCUGGCCAUUAACCAUUCGAUAAAAUCACAAACACUUACAUAUAUUAUGUGCGAAAAUAUGGUUCUUGAUUUUAUAUAUGUAUGAGAAGGCAAUAUCCUUGCUUCUUUUACAAGCAGAUCAAAAUUUCAUCUAUGUACAUAUAUAUUUUUCCUA